AUGCCACGCUCCCCGGGCUGCGUCCCGCGGUCGCCACGCCCCGACCGCGCCCGAUGCACGCACGCCCCGCCCCCGCGCAUCCAGGCCCGGCGUCCCGCUGCUCGCCCGCACCCACUGCCGCUGCUCUGCUCGCCCGCCUCCCGCACUCGCCGUCGCAGCGCCUUGUGCCCGCCUGCUGCCGCACACGCGCACUUGAGCCCCGCCUCGCUGCGCCUGCCCCUGUCGCUGCCAAGCGAGGCCACCAUCGCCUGGCCCCCCUGCUCGCCCGCGUGCAUCUGCGCCUCCCCCGACCUCGCCGACCCCGUCCCGGGUUGCCGGGCCUGUCUCCACCCAGGCUCGGCCUCCCGCGCCUCGCCGCGCCCCACGCCGUCCCAUCGCCGCGCCCGCCUCUGCGUGGCCGGGCCCCGCCAUGGCCCCCCAUCUCUGCUCCCGUGCCCCAGCGCCCGCUCGCCCCGCGCCCGCGCCCGCACAGUGCCCGGACAUGUCCGGUCCCCAAAGGGCACCGCGCGGACAUCCCCUGCCGAUCCCAUCUCCCCGCCGGACGCCGUCGUCGCGCUACCCCCGGACGUCGUCGUCACCACCACCCCGACGUCGCCGUCAUCCCGCCACCUCGCCCGAAGUCGCCCUAUUGCCCUGGACCUCGCCGCCCCAUCGCCGGACCGCCCCUCGUCGCCGGACGUCCCCGUCCUCCUCCCCGAGCCCCGCUGCCCUGUCCCUACGGCCCCGCGGUGA